AUGAGCGAAAGAGUACCUCUAAUUUCAAAAGAAGAUGACAUUAAUGUGGCAGUAGCAACUACAUCUGGACUCAGGAUUGUGCUGCUGGGAAAAACUGGAUCAGGAAAGAGUUCAACAGGAAACACUAUUUUGGGUCAAAGCUGUUUUAAGCAGGAUGUUUCACCAGUCUCAAUCACUAAAACCUGCAAGAAACAAGAUUUACAGACCGAUGAGAGGAUCAUCUCAGUCAUCGACACUCCAGGCCUGUUUGACACGACAAUGACAAAACAGAAAAUGAAGGAUGAAAUAGUGAAAUGUGUCUUCAUGUGUCUUCCUGGUCCUCAUGUGUUUCUGCUGCUGAUUAAAGUGGGGAGAUUCACAGACGAAGAGAAAAGUGCAGUCAAAUGGAUUCAGGAGAACUUUGGAAAAGAAGCUGUACGUCACACCAUCAUUCUGUUCACUCACGCUGAUCAGCUGAAGGGAAAACCAUUAGAUGUGUAUAUUAAAGAAGGGGACGAUCUCCAGGCUCUUGUUAAUGAGUGUGGUGGGAGAUUUCACUCGUUCAACAAUGAGAACAUGGAGAAUCGCUCUCAGGUCACUGAACUGCUGGAGAAGAUUGAGAAGUUGGUGGAGAAGAAUGAAGGACAGCAUUAUACAGAUGAGAUGUUCCAGGAAGCCCAGGAAAAGAUACACGAUAGAGCAAAGUUCUGGUUUCAGAAACCUAGGAUUGUGCUACUGGGUAAAACUGGAUCAGGAAAGACCAGUGCAGUAAAAACUAUUAUGGGACAAGAGAGUUCUGAGAGGAGAAAUUUGACAAAUACUGAGACCUGUGAGCAACAAGAAGCACAUGUGGAUGGAAAGAGUAUGACAAUAAUUGACACUCCUGGACUGUCUGAUGUAUCAGAUGAAAAGAUGAAGAAGGAUGAAAUCAAGAAGUUUGUCAUCAUGUCUAACCCUGGUCCUCAUGUGUUUCUGCUGGUGAUCAAACUGGACUCAAGAUUCACAGAGGAAGAGAAAAACUUAAUGGAAUGGAUUCAGGAGAACAUUGGAGAAAAUGUUGCACAUCAUACCAUCAUUCUGUUCACUCACGUGGAUUUGCUGAGGGGUGAAUCAAUAGAAGAGCAUAACAAAGACAGUCCAGAUCUUCAGGGGCUUACUGAUGGCUUUGGUAGCAGAUAUCACUCACUCAACAAUGAAGACAUGGAGAAUCGCUCCCAGGUCACUGAACUGCUGGAGAAGAUUGAGAAGUUGGCAGAGGGUAACGGAUGGAAUUACUACACAAAUGAAAAGUUUCAGAAAAUCAUAAACAGAGAUGUAUAUUUAGAGAAUGUUAAAGAAACACUACAUGAAGUUGCAUUAGGAGUUGGACCAGUAGGAGCAGCAGCCUUGGUGACCGGAGGGGUGGUUCUGGGCGUAACCGAGCUGGUUUUAGCACCAGCUCUGCUGCUUGCAGGAGGCAGCCUGUUUUUAGUUGGAGCAGCCGGACUGUUUGUUGGGAAAAAACUGAUUAAAAGAGCUAAAUGAGUAGGAUGAUUCUGAUUUGUUCCCAGCCGACAAAAGAAUGUUAUAAAAAACGU